AUGGGGAGACCCAAGGGAGAAGCUACAAGAAGCAAGUCUCGCCCCUCUAGCAGCAGUUUGGCUGCUUCGCUAGUGCCUUCAGGUGCUACCGCCGUAGGUUUCGGUGGCUAUGUUGGAAGCUCAAGAGUCGACUCUUCUCUCGCAUCAACGCCUGAAGCCUCCUCUUAUCUGAACGAUCUUGACGGUGAAAUGGCACAACACUUGAAGCGGCUUUCGCGCAAGGACCCUACUACCAAGCUCAAAGCUUUGACAUCGCUAUCUGAACUUCUCAAACAGAAAACUGCAAAGGAAAUAGUGCCAAUAAUUCCUCAAUGGGCAUUUGAAUACAGGAAGCUGCUGCUGGACUACAAUAGGGAAGUUCGACGAGCAACUCACGACACUAUGACUAAUCUUGUCAAUGCUGUGGGGAGAGAUUUGGCUCCACAUCUAAAGCCUUUGAUAGGACCAUGGUGGUUUUCUCAGUUCGAUUUAGUUUAUGAAGUUUCUCAAACUGCAAAGAGAUCAUUUCAGACGGCGUUUCCAGCACAGGAGAAAAGGCUAGAUGCCUUAAUGUUAUACGCAGCUGAAAUAUUUAUGUAUAUAGAAGAAAAUCUAAAGCUUACCCCGCAAAGUUUGUCAGAUAAAACAAUAGCAUCUGAUGAAUUGGAAGAGAUGCAUCAACAGGUAGUUUCCUCAUCAUUACUGGCAUUGGCAACACUGCUUGAUGUUUUUGUAUCUGGGCAAUUUGAAAAAUCUGAUUCGGACAACAUGAUAGGUGAAUCAAAGCAUGCUGUGAAAGCCAGGGCUAUGACUCUGGCUGUUUCUAGUGCUGAUAAGUUGUUCUCCACUCAUAAAUAUUUUCUAGACUUUCUAAAGUCUCAAAGCCCUGCAAUCCGUUCGGCUACAUAUUCAGUGCUGAGGAGUUAUAUAAAAAACAUACCUGAUGUUGUAAAUAAAGGUGAUAUGAAAAGUCUAGCUGCAACCAUACUUGGUGCUUUCCAGGAAAGGAAUCCAGCAUGCCAUUCAUCAAUGUGGCAAACAGUGCUAAUCUUUAGUAAAAGAUAUCCGGACAGUUGGACUACCUUGAAUGUUCAAAAAAUAAUUACAAGUCGGUUAUGUGAUUUUCUGAAGAAUGGGUGUUUUGGAUCUCAGCAAGUGUCUUACCCAGCUCUUGUUUUAUUUUUAGACACAGUUCCUCCAAAAGCAAUUGUAGGAGAGAAAUUUAUCCUUCAAUUUUUCCAGAAUUUGUGGGCAGGGAGAAAGUUGUCUUACUUUUCUAAUGGGGAUCAACUGGCAUUUUUCAUGAGAUUUGAAGAAUGUUUCCUUUGGGCUUUAAGAAAUGCUUCUAGAUAUUGUGAUGGAGUAGACGCCAUUUAUGGUUUCCAGCGUACUCUUGUUGAUACGAUAGUAAUAGGUCUUCUGUGGCAUGAGUACCUACUGGCAGCCAGCUCAAAAUAUCAGGACACAUUCUUCUCUGAAACUACUAUCGCUUCAUCCAAGUGUAGUACUGAAUCUGUUGAUAAGGAAUCAAGGGAAACACUUAAUGUCAAAUAUCCAGCAGAUUACGAGGGAAAUCUUGGGAAAUGCAUCAUUGGAAUCCUUUCAGGGAUCCAUUGCCUGGAACAUGAUCUACUUUUGGUUUUCUGUUCAACAUUUCAAGGAAAUUGUCUGGAUAUAUUUCGGCAAACAGAGUGCUCUUCUCAAAAUGCAGAAUGGGCAGUCAAAUUUUUAAUUUUACUGGACGAACAUGCUGUACAGAAGGGUGAAUCAUGGCCCUUGGUUGACUUAUUGGGCCCCAUGUUGAAAGAGUCUUUCCAAGUCAUCGAAACAUUUGACUCACCAGAUUCAGUGAGACUUAUUGUGGUUGCUGUUUCAGUAUUUGGGCCUCAGAAGAUUAUUCAAGAACUUAUUUCUGUUGAUUUGGGGUCUCGAGUGUUUUUGCAAUAUUUCAACGAGAGGAUUAUUCCCUUGUGCUUGAGAGAAGUUGGCCCCUCUAAUUCAUCUCGAUUAGACCUCUUGCUGGCAUUACUUGAUGGAGAGUUCUUCUCAGAGCAGUGGAAUGCCAUCAUUACAUAUUUAAUAAAUUCAGAACACGAGGGUGUUACUCCUGGAACUGUGGACAACAACAAAAUAUCUAUCUUGGCUAUGUUGAUAGAGAAGGUUAGGGAGAGAACUAGAAAGCGAACUCAUCUGGAAGGAUCCUGCUCAUACGAAUGGCAUCAUGAGCUUCUGGAUUCAGCUGCUCUCUCUAUUAUCCAUUCGUUUCCUCCAUUUAGGAAUUCUGAUGCUCACUUCUUAUGUGCUGUUCUUGGUGGUGGAGUCGAAGAUGAUAAUAUUUCCUUCUUAUCAAGAAACACAUCAUUUCUUAUAUAUGAAGAAAUAUUUCGAAUUCUGUUGACUUUCAUGCUGGAUUCUAGUUUUGUCUGGGUUAAGAAUAUGUGUUCUUUGUUAAGUAAUGGGAGAAUUUAUUCUUCCUGGGGAUUUGAAUCUUCUACUAAUAUGCUUGAGAUGGCUCAUUUUGCCCUGGAUGUUCUAAAUGGUAGUUUCUUUUGUCUGAAGACUAUUAAUGAUGAAACCGAGUUAGUUUCAGGUAUAUUAGCUGCAAUAUUUAUCAUUGACUGGGAAUGUAACAUGUUGACUGUUACCGAGGAUGAACUUGAUGAAAAGCAGAUGGGAGAAAUUGAGGCCAGGUUGACAUUCUGCGAGGCUAUCCAUAUUUUUCGUAGCAAGAUAUGUAAUCAGUUCUUUAAAAGUCUCAGCAUAAAUAAUCGAAACAGCCUGGGAACUGUUUUGGUUGAGUCAAUAAAAUCCAUUAUAUUUAUGGAAACUAAAUUAGAUUCUGAUAGAAUCAUAUCUUUAUGCUGCCAAUGGAUGUGUGACAUUUUUGAAUAUUUCUGUAAAGACCAAUUUGAGGAACAGCAGUUGUUGGAGCAUUUCCUGACAAAGAAUGAUUGGUGGCCCUUGUGGAUCAUGCCAGAUAAUCGUUUAGGAUCCAGCUUCAAAGCUGAAAAUGGUUCUCUCUACGCAUCCAAAAACACUCUGUUUGUUGCUUUAGUUGACAAACUAAUAUCCGAAAUUGGAUUUGCACGUGUUAUUGCUGCUGCUACCUCUCCAUCUUUAAAUGGGGAGCCUAUUAGAGACCUAACAACAAAUAAUCUGUAUUCUUCUCGAGCCUGGCUUGCUGCUGAAAUUUUAUGUACAUGGAAAUGGCUUGGUGGUAGUGCUUUGCACUCUUUUCUGCCUUCUCUCAGUGAAUAUGUGAAGCAUUCUCCUGAAUACUGCCUUCUGGAUUCCAUUGUCAGCAUUCUGCUUGAUGGUGCUCUUGUCCAGGGAGCUGGUGGUGGGAUAAGCCCUUUAUGGCUUGCUUCAUAUGAUGAGGUGCAGGGCAUUGAGGAACCCUUUUUGAGAGCUCUCGUAUCUUUACUGUUGACUCUUUUUCAAGAUGAUAUAUGGGGGAAGGGCAAAGCUGAAUCGCUCUUUAAUUUGCUUCUGGAUAAGCUCUACAUUGGUGAAACAACUAACUUGAAUUGCUUGAGGAUUCUUUCUUCUGUUGUGAGCAUACUUAUAAGACCCUUAAGCAUCAGAUUGGUAGAUUCCAGUGCGAGUGAUGAGUGUGAGCACUACAGUCAAAGCAAAUUUCAUGAUUCAACAGUAGACUGGCUUGAGAGAACUGUAUCUUUCCCCCCUCUGAAUACAUGGCAAACUGGAGAAGAUAUGGAGGAUUUCUUUCAGUUGGUUAUAUCAUGUUUCCCUAUUAGAACAACAGAACAAUUGCAAGGGCUAAAACCAGAGAGAUAUAUCAGUCCUGUGGAGAAGGAACUUCUGUACAAGUUAUUUGAGAAGCAGAGACAACAUGCUGGUGCAUCAGCUGUAGUAAACAAGCUGCCGUUGGUUCAGAGUUUGUUGUCAAAGUUAGUGGUUGUUUCAGUUGCUUAUUGCUGGGAGGAAUUCAAUGAAGAUGAUUGGAAUUUUGUUCUAAUUCGGUCAAGAUUUUGGAUUGAGUCAACUGUUGUUAUGAUGGAGGAAGUUGCUGAAAAUGUGAAUGAUGCUGUGGCAAACAGUUCGAGUUCCAAUGACAUGACAGAUACUCUAAAGAAGCUUAAGAUUGCUGUUUCAACCAUAGACUCUUUUCCCAUGAAACUUGCAACAAAUGCACUUACUGCCUUCUCUCUGUUCUGUGGCCUGACGGGACUCCAAAAGAACGAGUACGCUGAGAAUUCAAACCCUUUGAGGAUUGAGAGGUGGGAGGUCAUCAAGGAUCGAAUUCUAGAAGGUAUUCUUCGUUUAUUUUUCUGUACUGGUGCUGCUGAGGCCAUUGCAAAUUCGUAUUGCCAUGAGGCUUCAUCUGUUGUUGCGUCAUCUCGUCUGGAUCAUCCUCUCUUCUGGGAGUUAGUUGCUUCAAGGGCUAUUGAAUCUAGUUCACAUGCAAGAGACAAAGCCGUGAAAUCGAUAGAGAUUUGGGGUCUAAGUAAAGGGCCCAUAAGCUCAUUGUAUGCUUUACUCUUUUCUUGCAAACCACUUCCUCCUCUGCAGUUUGCGGCGUUUGUUAUUCUUUCAAGUGAACCUGUGAUGCACUCAGCUUUUAAAUAUGACAUCGCUAGUUUGGUAGACACGUCUAACAACGAGGAUCCUCACAAUCCUGAUAUUGCUUCCGAAGGAAAUGUUCGUUUGAGGGAAGAAAUUUCUCACAUGCUCGAAAAGUUUCCAGAGGAGGUUUUUGAAAUGGAUUUAGUGGCAAAUGAACGGGUGAACAUAUUUCUAGCUUGGUCUUUGUUUCUGUCACAUCUAGGAUCCUUGCCAUCUACUUCGUCUGAAAGAGAAAGAAUGGUUCAGUAUGUACAAGACUCUACCAAUUCGGUAAUAUUGGAUUGCCUUCUCCAACACAUUCAAUUGGAAUUGUACGUGGUGCCAGGCUCACGAAGGAAAGAUAUAGAACUUCCAGCAACAGUAUCCAAAGCAGCCACAGCUGCAACACGUGCCAUCAGGACCAGAUCAGUAUUGUUUUGCAUAGAGUCACUUUGGCCUGUUGAAACAGAGAAAAUGGCCUCACUUGCAGGUGGAAUAUUUGGUUUGAUGCUUCAUAUUCUUCCUGCCUAUGUUCGAGGAUGGUUUAGUGACAUACGAAAUCGUUCUACUUCAUCUUCUGUUGAGGCUUUCACAAAAACAUGGUGUAGCCCAACACUUGUUACAAAUGAAUUAUCUCAGAUCAAGAAAGCCAGUUUUGCAUUUGAAAAUUUCUCAAUUAGUGUGAGAAAAUCAGCUAAUGAGGUUGUGGCCACCUAUUCGAAGGAUGAAACGGGAAUAGAUCUAGUAAUUCGUCUUCCUCCAUCUUACCCUCUGAGACCUGUAGAUGUAGAUUGUACCAGGAGCCUGGGCAUUAGUGAGUUGAAGCAGAGAAAAUGGUUGAUGUCAAUGAGGUCGUUUGUUAGUAAUCAGAAUGGUGCUUUAGCUGAAGCAAUACGGAUAUGGAAGAGAAAUUUUGACAAGGAAUUUGAAGGUGUUGAGGAGUGCCCUAUCUGUUAUAGUAAACUCCUGGAGCCCUUUUUGUGUGACACGUUGAUAGGGUCUUGUUCAUCUAAUUCAGGCCACAAGUACAUGUGGAAGACUUUGAAGCCUCUUUACAUUGAGCUCAUUUCAAGAAUUCUCAAUAGAUACCCUCUGAUUCAUCAUGUUGAUCUUACUUACUGUCCACGUGUAGAGGACAGAGUACUGUUGUCUAUAUCUAAUGCAUAUGGGUCUACUUUGAGGUCCAUUAAUCUGUCAAGAUCAAGAUUUUUUACUCAUGUGGGAUUGUUAAGUUUGGCAAGCAAGUGUUGGGGUUUGGUUGAAUUGGAUUUGUCCAAUGCAACGGAGUUGACGGAUGCUGGGGCGGCUUCUAUUGCAGAAGCUAAGAACUUGGAAAAGUUGUUGAUGGCAAGGUGCAAAUUGGUAUCAGAUAUUGGGAUUGGGUGCAUUGCUGUGGGCUGCAAAAAGCUGAGGCUUAUCUGCUUGAAAUGGUGUAUGAGACUUACUGAUUUGGGUGUAGGUUUAAUUGCCACAAAGUGUAAAGAUAUUCAGAGUUUGGACCUCUCUUAUUUGCUGAUAACGGCGAAGUGUCUGGCGCGUAUUCUGCAACUAGAACAUCUCAAAGAGUUAAUUCUUGUUGAAUGUCCUGGUAUUGAUGAUGAGGGCCUUAGGAUUCUGAAAGAAGGUUGCAAGUCGCUCGAGGUGCUCAAUAUAUCCAAGUGUCACAAUAUUAGCACUGUCGGAUUGUUUUCUUUAAUCAAUGGCCCUGAACGCUUAAGCCACCUUAGUUUGGCUUAUGGCUCUGCUGUCACUGCUGACUUUGCAAAAUGCUGGUACAAGUUAUCGGGAUUAAAAUCUAUCAAGUUAGACGGUUGCCUGGUCACUUUCUGUACAAUGAAAGCAAUUGGGGAUUGGUGUGUAUCUAUGAAGGAGUUGAGUUUAUGUAAAUGCCCUGGAGUGACAGAUAAGGGUAUUUCCUAUAUCGCUCAGAGGCUUGUUCAGUUGCAGAAACUGGACAUUACAUGCUGUCACAAGAUAACUUACGCCUCUAUAGACAGCAUAACAAAUUCUUGCUCUUCACUCACUUCCCUCAGAAUGGAGGCUUGUCGCAUGGUCCCGCAAGAAGCUAUUUUGUUGAUUGGGCAGUCCUGUCACUCUUUGAAAGAACUGGAUAUCACAGACAAUGAAAUCAAUGAUGAAGGUUUAGAGUCAAUCUCGAAAUGUUCUGAGCUUUUGAGUUUAAAACUGGGAGUGUGUCUAAACAUCACAGAUUGUGGACUGUCACAUGUUGCAAUGUCUUGUCAAAAUCUUAUAGAGCUCGACUUGUACAGGUGCAUGUCAAUAACCGAUGGUGGCAUUGCAGCAAUUGCUAACGGUUGCCCUGCCCUGGAGUCAAUUAACAUGGCUUACUGUGACAAAGUUACCGAUGCUUCUUUAUUAUCCUUAUCUCAAUGCUUACAAUUGAAAGCUCUAGAAAUUCGAGGUUGUCCUUGCAUAUCUUCUGUUGGAUUAUCCGCCAUUGCCAUGAACUGUAAACAGCUGAGCAUCUUGGACAUUAAGAAAUGCCGUAACAUUGAUGACAAUGGAAUGAUUUCUCUUGCGCUUUAUUCUCAAUAUCUCAAACAGAUAAACUUAUCGUAUUGUCCAGUUACCGAUGCUGGGCUUGUAGCACUGGCUAGCAUAAGCCGUCUGCAGAAUAUGACUAUCUUGCAUGUUACUGAAUUGACUCCAAACGGCAUUGUAGCUGCUCUUUUCGCGUUCAGAGGGCUUAUGAAAGUGAAACUCCAUACAUCCUUUAAAGCAUCAAUCCCUCAGUCUGCACUUAGUGUCAUUGAACAUCGUGGCUGCAUAUUUCAUUGGAGAAACAAAGCAUUUCAGGUGGAGACGGACCCCAAUGGAUGGCGAAUACAUUUAUCAAGACAUGAUGGUUGA